UGCGGUCCAGCACUCAGAGGAAUGUGAGCAGGUUUCUGGUAUGGAUUCGAAUCUUAUGUUGCCUGUGUGAGUUCUCUCAGACACACAGACAGGACGCGUAACUGACUGACUGUUUGGGAGUCAGGCAGAGCUGAAGAAUGUGUGAGGCUCCUGUUUUUCCAGUGGUCAUAUUCAUCUUUGGUUUAUCUAUACCAGUGAACAGUCAUUACCUGUCCACGUUAGUCCAGUGUUACACACGUGGCUCUCUGCAGAACACAGAGUUCACAAUCUCCAUGAUGUACAACAGAGGGAAGUUUCUGACAUACAACAGCACCGAGAAUGCCUUCAUUGGCUACAGUGACUACGGAGCAAAGUGGGCCAAUAACUUGAACAACAGAACGGACUGGCUGCACUCAGAGGCAGAAAAAAUACUCUCAGACUGCAGAGAGUACGGUGCGCAGGUUACGACAAUACUCAACACAACAGUGAGGCCAGUGGUGGUAGUGAGAUCACUGGGGUCAGCCAUGCUGAUAUGCAGUGCCUACGACUUCUACCCAAAAGGAAUCAAAGUGUCCUGGCUCAGAGAUGGUGAACCAUUGACCUCUGAGGUCACGUCCACUGAGGAGCUGGCUGAUGGAGACUGGUACUACCAGAUCCACUCGCACCUGGAGCACACGCCCAAAUCUGGAGAGAAAAUCUCCUGUGUGGUGGAGCACGCCAGCUUCCAGAAACCCAUUGUGUGUGACUGGGCAGAGCCAUCCCUUCCUGAGACUGAGAGGAGUAAGCUGGCGCUGGGUGCUGUGGGGCUGAUGCUGGGGGUCAUCACAGCAGCUGCUGGUCUCACCUACUACAGAUGCAAACAGUCAGAAUGGACAUCGGUACUUAGCUGAAGAUGUAAAAGACAAUUUCAAAACCACAGAGAAAAAGAUUAAUCACACAAGAGAACUGCUGAGAAUAUCCUCACCUUCGGUUAAAAAAAAAUUAAUAAUAUUAGUUACUAUUAAUAAUAUUAUUAGUUACUUAUUACAGGGAAGCUACUGAAGUCACAUUAUGUAUGAAAAUGAAUCAACUUGUAUAUAUUACAUACGUCCAUGUUUAGUAAAGUGUGUUUUAACCUGCUGUUUUAAAGAUGAGAAAAUGCUAUUUUUACAUAAGGAAUUGUUUCCAUA